ACGGGCUCAGCUCCCACCAUGGCCGAAACUACCAAGCUGCAGCUGUUUGUGAAGGCCAGCGAGGAUGGCGAGAGUGUGGGGCACUGCCCCUCCUGCCAGCGGCUUUUCAUGGUCCUGCUCCUGAAGGGAGUGCCCUUCACCCUCACCACGGUGGACACUCACAGGGCGCUGGACGUGCUGAAGGACUUCGCACCGGGCUCACAGCUGCCCAUCCUCCUCUACGACGGCGAGGCUAAGACCGACACUCUGCAGAUCGAGGAGUUCCUGGAGGAGACGCUGGGGCCUCCGGACUUCCCCCACCUGGCGCCCCGCUACCGCGAGUCCUGCACUGCUGGCAGCGAUGUCUUCCACAAGUUCUCUGCGUUCAUCAAGAACCCGGUGCCCGCACAGGACAAUGCUCUGUACCAGCAGCUGCUGCGCGCCCUCACCCGGCUGGACAGUUACCUGCGCGCCCCGCUGGAGCACGAGCUGGCUCGGGAGCCGCAGCUGCGCGAGUCCCGGCGCCGCUUCCUGGACGGGGACCAGCUUACGCUGGCUGACUGCGGCCUGCUGCCCAAGCUGCACAUUGUGGACACCGUGUGCACACACUUCCGCCAGGCGCCCAUCCCCGCGGAGCUGUGUGGCCUGCGCCGCUACCUGGACAGUGCGCUGCAGGAGAGGGAGUUCAAGUACACAUGCCCACACAGUGAGGAGAUCCUGGCAGCUUACCGGCCUGCAGUGCGUGCCCGCUAGUGCCCCACCGCACCCGCAACCCUUGCCCGCUCAUGUGCUUGUGUGCAGCCCGAUAAAAGCAUCUUGGUCCCCAGUGAAUGUGUCCUGAACGCCGGAGUGGCCGGAGGUGGCAGUCACACCACCC